GGGCGCGAUUCAUGGGAUGCGAGCAUGUCGGAGGUUGGAGAGCACCGGCCAGUCAACACAGACUACGCUGUCUCCGUUCUGGAGCAGCUUAAGUUCUUCUACGAACAAAAGUUACUGACUGAUAUCACACUGUUAGUGGAGGACAAUGAGUUUCCCUGUCACAAAAUGGUCCUGGCUACAUGCAGCUCUUAUUUCAGGGCCAUGUUUAUGAGUGGGCUGAGUGAAAGCAAACAGACUCACGUCCAUCUUCGAAAUGUGGAUCCUGCUACACUACAGACCAUCAUCACUUAUGCCUACACUGGCAACCUGGCAAUCAACGACAGCACUGUAGAGUCUCUCUACGAGACCGCCUGCUUCCUUCAGGUGGAAGACGUCCUCCUGCAGUGCCGCGACUACCUGGUGAAGAAGAUCAACGCUGACAACUGUGUACGCAUGCUGAGCAUCGGCGACCUGUUCAGCAGUAGCGAGCUGAAGCAGAGCGCUAAGCGUAUGGUAGAGCACAAGUUUCCGUUGGUAUAUCGACAGGAAGCUUUCCUGCAGCUCUCGCACGAACUCCUGCUGGACCUUCUCAGCAGCGACAACCUCAACGUGGAGAAGGAGGAGACGGUACGCGAGGCAGCCAUGCUGUGGCUUGAGUACAACAUGGAGGCGAGAUCGCAAUACCUCUCCUCCGUGCUCAGCCAAAUCCGCAUCGACGCUCUUUCUGAGGUCACGCAGCGUGCCUGGUUCCAGGGCCUUCCACCAAACGAUAAGUCAGUGGUGGUACAGGGUCUUUACAAGUCCAUGCCCAAGUUCUUUAAGCCUCGAUUAGGCAUGACUAAGGAAGAGAUGCUCAUCUUUAUGGAGGCUGAGUCUCCUAAUGACGGACAUCUGAUGGUGGGUGGGCUUCAACACACGGUGGUCUGUUACAGCCCCCAGGCUGAGAAGGUUUACAAGCUCUGCAACCCGCCGGGGGACCUGCAGAAGGUGGGCACCCUGGUAACCCCGGACAAUGACGUCUUCAUCGCAGGUGGUCAGGUACCACUGAAGAACGCGCUCACCAACCACGGCAAGAGCGGCAGCAAGCUGCAGGCCGCGUACCGUUCAGUGGACAGCUUCUACUGGUUAGAUGCGCAGCAAAACGCCUGGGUGCCUAAAACGCCCAUGCUGUGUGCCCGCACCAAGCCCUCACUGGUGUACUGCCAGGGUCACAUCUACGCAAUUGGCGGAGACAACGUCGGUGGAGAGCUGAACAAGCGAACGGUGGAGCGUUACGACUGUGAGAAGGAUGAGUGGAGCAUGGUAAGUCCGCUCCCUUGCGCCUGGAACUGGAGCGCCGCGGUGGCCGCUCACGACUGCGUGUACGUGAUGAGCCACGAUUUGAUGUACUGCUACUUCCCGCGUGCUGACACCUGGGUGGAGAUGGCCAUGCGCAAAACCAGCCGUUGUUUCGCCUCCGCCGCCGCGCUCGGUGAUCUGAUUUUUUACAUCGGCGGACUUCACGUGGUCAGCAACUCGGGAAUACGCCUACCUACCAGCACCAUCGACGGCUCUUCCGUUACCGUGGAGAUCUACGACAUCAACAAGAACGAGUGGCGAUUAGCAGCUAACAUCCCCGCCAAGCGAUAUUCGGACCCGUGCGUACGCGCCGUGGUACUGCUCAACACGCUGUGCAUCUUCAUGCGCGAGACGCACCUGAACGAGAGGGCGAAAUACGCCCUGUACCAAUACGACCUAGAGUUGGACCGGUGGUGCCUGCGACAGCCCGUCUCUGAGCGCGUACUCUGGGACCUGGGCAAAGACUUCCGUUGUGCCGUGGGCAAGCUUUACCCUUCCUGCCUUGAGGAGUCACCGUGGAAGCCACCCACUUAUCUCUUUUCGCCUGACGGAGCGGAGGAGUUUGAAGUAGACGGGGAAAUGGUGUCUUUGCCCCAUGUAUAGCUCUUGCCAUUCAA